AUGCCGUACAAAGAUUUAAUUGGACUCGAUAAAUACGAGGUGACCUACAAGGAAUGUUUGAUGCUUGUCGAUUUCUACACGGAAGGGAGGCACCCAGAAUGGUGUAAAUUGCGUGAAUUAGACGAUGAGCUUAAGAAACCAAAUUUGGAAGCACAUAUUCACAAAGUGUUAAUGAUGAGUAAGAAUUUAAAGGUUACACAUCUAAUAAACGUAGAGCAAGCGAUCGUAAAAUUGAAUAAUGAGUUGCGAGGUAAACAUUCAUCUGAUAUAAAACUUCAAUAUGAAAAGUAUGCGAGCUCCGUCGAUAAAAAGCAAUUAAGAAAUAUUAAAGAAAAUGUAAGAGAAGAUAUAAUUCUUGCAAAAUUAAGCAAAAAUAGCCGUGUUCUACAGUUUUGGGCAGAUGUCGCCCAUCGCGAAGAAGAUGACAAAAGUAGCAAAAAUAUUCAUAAUUUAAUGAAUUUUGCAUCUGGGAGAUUCCUCUUGGAACUUAAGUUAUGUGAUGAUUUGGUACAACUUGACGAUUUUAAGAAACUUGUCAAUAAUAUGAUAGAAGAGCAUCGUAAAGUUAUUAUACAAAAGACUCAAGAAGCACACAAAAAGGCGAUCAUUCAAAAAUGGAAAGAAAUAGCAGGAAAUAGUUCAUUAUUCUUUUCAAAUUCUUUUGUCAUUUUUGAAGACAAAUUUAUUCAAAAAAACCUACUUGAUUCUUUCUAUUGUAUGACAAUCGACCUUUUUUGUGACUCUGAUCUAUGGCGUAAUGUUCUCGGGACAAAUUUUACACGAUUCAAAAUAUCAAAAUUUGAAUCAGUAAAUCUUAAAAAUAUAUUUGAAAUUAAUAAUACAGUUAAAGAUUCAUUUGAAAAUUUUAAUCUCCAGAAUAUUAAUGAGUUGCAAAACCCUGAUAUUUCUAUCGAAUAUUUUCUAUCACUAAACUUAAAGUUAUCAGAAGGUGUUUAUAGCGAACGAGUUAAAGGAUCUAUUAUUGAAAUCUUAAAUUUGUGGAUAAUCACUUGGAAAAAGGACGAAGAAAUUGACGAAAAAGACUAUGUUCAUAGAUUUAUCAUCUCGCCUUUAGAGAAACUUCUUGGAAUAAAUUUAUUACGCUAUAUUACACUACAUGGACUGGAACAUCCAACAUAUUGCUUAUAUGAACGCAAAAGUUUCUUUUUUAAUUUUGAUGAUUUGGAAGCUUCUAGUUGUCAAGUUUUCGAUCAGUUAGUUAAUAAUGAGGAUUUUAACAAUCCAGAAAUUUAUUCUAAAGGAAUUAUGUCAAAAAAGAAAUAUUGUAAAAAAGUUGAUAUCACUAUUUCUUAUCGUGUAGAAAAUAUGAUAAAUAAUAGAGUUCAAUAUGGAUAUUUUUAUCCUAUUUUGGGUGAAGCUAAGUUCCCAAACAUUAAUGGUGAUAAUAAUUAUAACAAACUCAGUCGAGCAUUAAAUGACAAUUUUAAUAUAAUAAUCAAUUAUUAUUCUAAGAAAGUAAAAGGAAUUUCAGAUGAUUUGUUAGAUUUAUUUAGUGAUAUCAAACUUGGCAAAAUUCAUGUGACAGAUGGUGAGAUUUAUCUCCUACAAUAUACGAGGUAUCCAAAUCAAAAAUUUGGUGUUUUGGCUGAUAUUAGUUCUUCCAAGAUUCCUUUAAAGUUUGAAGAUCAACAAGCUGGAUAUAUGAUAGAUUUUUUGUAUUGUGUAAAG